UCUCGUAAAAGUAGCUUACAAUGAUCUAAAUGCAAUUUCAAUUAUUAGCUGGAACUGAUUAAUUACCUUGAAUCAAUAGCCCACAAUCAAUAAGAAGCUUGCUUGUACUCGGAGACUUUCUUCGCUGCAUAGCCGCAGGUUUACCGCAAGCGCAGCCCUGGAGCGCUAUGUCUGAAUCUUCGACAAAAACCGGCGUUAAAGGGAACUCCUGGGGACUCAUUACCGUGACCUCAGUCAUAGUCGUGGCGGUCGCUUAUUCCCAUUAUAUGGAGGUUCAGGUGCCAGCUGAAGAAAUAAGGAGGCGGAGAGAAGCCUACGGUUACGGCGCCGUGGCCGAUACAGCGCCCACGACGCCCCCCAAGCUUGGAUGCCACCCGGGGGUCAACGACCCCCAGCUUCGGUCUCUUCCUCAUUUCUACAAGGACGUGGCUCCAGAUCCAUCGGCUCAAAACAUUUACCAGAUAGAAGUGUCCAUGGCGAUGAAAAUUACGCAUAAAAUGUUGUGCUCAAUUGAAAGCAUGUGCUCCGUCAACUCGGACGCUCACGUUUGGUUUCUGGUGACGCGCGCGACGCUCGAUGCUUCGUCUGCCCAAAGAUUGCUGAGUCUGCAGAAAAUUUGUCCUCGUCUCUGCGUGGCGCACGUGAACGUACGCACAGUCAUGCGCAACACAUCUUUUCAUGAGAUCCUCAACUCCGACGACUUCUGGAACACUCCUUACCUAUUCACCCAACUGAGCGACGUGAUGCGCUUUGCCAUUGUUUACAAUUCUGGUGGAUUGUAUACGGACACCGACAUAUUGGCAUUAAGACCGUUCAAAAACAUUUCAAAGAAUUACUUCGUGGCUGAAGAUAACAAGGGCAGUCGUCCCAGCAACGCCUUGUUUCAUUUCGAGCGCCACCACCCGACGCCGAAGAGGUUCUUGGAAUUUCUCGCAGACACGUUCUCGCCAGUGAUCAGUAGGCUGAUGUACGGAACGCUAGGCCCGCAUGGUCUCGCCAGAUUUUUCUGGCACAGCAAAUGCUCCUUCAGGAUCCUCACGCUCCUGAACGCUCCUGCCGAGUAUCCUGCGCCCGGUGACCCCAUCGGCAAGCGGGCGUCAUCCCGCGACGAUUCAGCCAGAAAUAAUGAGACGGCCUAUAGGACCCCUCGCAACGCUGUGAAAUUUGAUGAUGAACCGACCGACAGGGUUGGCGACGAUGUGAACGGUUCGCCAGAUUGCAUUUAUAAUAUCUUCGGCAAAAACGCUCAUCACUUUAUUUAUUACCUGAACUGCCUCUCGCUGUUCUAUCGAAACAAGACGUUAUUGGGGCCCGACGAUAACAUUUUACCGAGCAGCUUCACGCUCGAACUCUUCAACUCAGUCACCAAGACAACUCCUGUCGAAGAAGGCAGCUUGGUGGACAUCAUUGCUCAGAAGACGUGUCCUCUCACGCACUCAAAGUGUCCGUCUCUUAUGUGCAACUAAUCUCGCCAGCCUGGUUCACUACACCACGUGUC